GGCAGGUUUUUGAACUGAAAAACGGAUGGAAGUUCAUCUAUCAACGUUAUAUCAUACAGUAUUUUUCGCUACUCAAUUGUAGAGAACUUUAAAGAGAGCUAGGCUAAGGAUCGCUCAUCGAGGAAUUAAUUGUACUGUUUCAAACAAUUUUCCUUCGAACCAAAAGAUGAACCCUUGCGUAAAGAUCAUUACCAACUUCUUUGCUUGGUGCACACUCAUUUUCCGCAACGGCAAGCAUUCUUUUUACCAAAUGGCCGAAGGCAACAACAUCAACGACAACGACAAAAUCAAAACGUCCGUGCGCUUGCAGGAUACAGAUACAGAGGGCCGACCCUCAAUAUAUCUGUUCAUCUUUGUCAAUCCGCUUUCUGGAGCUCGCAAAGGCAGCGACCUUAUACACCUUCCUAUCCAACACUUUAGGCUACGCAGAUUACCACAAAUCCAAGUAGAGAUCCACAACUAUCUCGAUCCAAAAGAUCGGCAAGCUGGAAUCGACCGUGUUAACUUAAUCCAGAACAAAAUCAAAGACGGUGAUUUGCCGCCUAUACGCUCAUCGUCUGAUACACCAACCACUUCACGCGCUGCUGAGCGAAAACAUACUGAUGCUGCCGAAACAAUGCCUGAGGCGACUGGCCGUAUAAGUGAAGGUGUCCAAACACGCCAUAUUCAUGUAUGGAGCGGUGGUGGUGAUGGCACUGUAAUGAGCAUUUUCGAAAUGUUGGUCGAAAACCAUGUUGAUCUCGAUCUCGUCUUCUUGUCGUGCAUUCCAUUCGGCACGGGCAAUGACUUUUCCCAAGUCCUGGGGUGGGGUCGAACCGAGCAAGGGGGUGUUAUAGGUGACAAUUUGGAAAGUCUUGAACAGCUCAUUAGCGAUCGGUUUGAAUAUAGCGAACCGGCACGAUUGGAUAUUUGGCAGGCUGAAAUGACAAGUUACGAUGGAGGACAAGUCCGGCUAGCCAGUGAGCCAAAGACCACGAAACGCACACGGUACGUUGCGAAAAUGUGCAACUACAUGUCAAUCGGGGUGCAAGGCUAUGUCGGUUCUGGGUUUGAGAAGCAUCGCAGCAAGAAACGCUGGCUGAAUAUAGGCGUGUAUACGAUUGAAAGCUCAAAAUGGGCAUUUUGGCGCAAGUUCCCGACACUGAACAACUUUAUCGACUCGAUCCGCGCCCAGGACGGCCAACAAAUGCUUCUGGAAGUACCCUCUACUUUCGUCACACCGACACGUGUCAAUCCAGGUAGUAGUAGUAACGGCGAAGAUCACCAGCAGCAGAAUCAUCCGAAGCUCGCCACACCAGCCAUUGAUUUGAUAAUCCAAAAUAUACCACAUCUUUGGGGUCAAGAGCUGGAUAUCUGGGGAGAGGCUAAGGAAGGACUUGAGACAGUGAGUAACCGAUCCGGGCCGACGGACCCUGACCUCUGGACACCCCAGCUUGCAAACGACGGCAAACUCGAAGUCAUUGCAAUGGAAAACAUGAUGAGCUAUCUCAAGAAGCUUGCCAAUUUUCGAGACCAUGUCGCACGCGUUGGGCAGUUCCCGGGACCCUUUGAGAUCCAUUUUCGUGAACCACCAGAGACAGCAACCGGUGCGCAACCACAUGAGAACACGGGAUGCUUACACAUGUGGCAGCGGCGGCGGCGGAACAAGUACGAGCGCAAAAACGUGCUGGGAGUCAUGGUGGACGGAGAGUUUUAUCGAAUAAGGCACCCUCAAAGGGUUCGAUUCGAGCGUAUUGCACAAGUAGUGACGCUGGGCAGAAGCGAUCAACAGAAACAGGGGCGACUUGUUCGAGAUGAAAAGAAGCGGCAGGAUGGACAAAUGUACCAAACGGGAGCAACAGAAGCAACAGAAGCAACAGGAGCAAUAGCGUCAUCGUCAUCAUAAUCGUGGUUGAUGGCUACGAGUAUGUACUAGUUAUCAUAAUGACAUGAACAAUAAAAGGCAAUCGCAUCCCUUAUCUUUCCCACUAUAUUUCGG